AUGGCGCAAACCCGUGUCGACGAACGCUCUGCGCUGCUCGCAUCCGCCCAGCCGACCAUCAACGGCGACGAACCGGCCAAAUACGUUGCGGGAGCCGGCUUUGCAGGCCUGCCCUGGUGGAAGCGGCCGUCCAUCUACUGGGUCAUCCCGCCGCUGCUCCCAUUCACUAUCGCGUUCGGCGGCGUUGCCGUCCCCAAAAUCAACCUGAUCCUAACCUUGAUCUGUCGAGAUUAUCUGUCCGAGCGUGCGGCGUUGGAUCCUACAUUUACCUACCUGCCCGUGGUAUUUGGCGCAGAUAACGAGCAAUGCCGCAUCCCGGAAGUCCAAGCGCUGGUCUCAAGAUUCCAGCUGAUGUUGAAUCUGAUUGCGGGGGCCCUGGCUGCCAUUGCGAGCCCAAAACUAGGAGUGCUUUCCGAUGGCUACGGGAGGACAAAGAUCAUCGCACUGGCUACCUUCGGUACCUUGUUGGGUGAGGUUGUGACGGUCAUGGUGGCCGCUCGCCCUGACGUCUUUUCUCUGAACUUCCUCCUUCUUGGAGCUACAUUUGAUGGCCUUUUUGGAUCAGUCACUACCGCAGUAGCUCUCACCCAGUCGUACGCUGCAGACUGUGUGGCCCCAGAGCGCCGAAACGUCGCCUUUGGCUACUUUCAUGGCGUGUUGUUCAGUGGCAUCGCGCUUGGCCCGUUUAUUGCCGGCUACCUGAUCAAACUAACGAACAACGUGCUCAUAGUGUUCUAUUCCGUUCUGGCAUGCCAAGUACUGUUUCUAGUUUCUAUGUCUUUGAUCGUUCCUGAAUCCCUUUCCAAGCAGAACCAGGAAUCCAACCGGCAAAAACGCAAUAUACGGCUAUUUGAUGCCAGCGCUGUGCGGUGGAAGUCAUGGAGAAAUCUCAACCCACUGAGUCUUCUAAGGCCGCUUUCGAUUCUUUUUCCUCGGGAAGAUCGAACAAGGCCGUCGGUGCCCGGAGAGAAAAAGAAACUACGGGAUGUGCGAAGGAAUUUGAUUAUCUUAUCGGCUAUCGACACGUCAAUAUUUGGUGUCGCCAUGAGCACAAUGGGUGUGCUGAUCAUCUACGCGGAAUACAUGUUUGGCUGGGGCAACUUCCAAUCAAGUAUGCUGGUGUCCAUGACCAGCACCGUGCGAGUCGCCAUUCUUCUUGCCAUUCUUCCAACCCUCACCCGACUCUUUCGCAAAUCUGCCUCUAAGAAUAAACACAAGGAGGGCUCUGAUAUGCUGGACAUUGUCAUCAUUAGGAUAUCAGUUUUGUUUGAUAUGCUCGGCUAUUUAGGGUACUGUCUCGUCCGCUCUGGCCCCCUGUUGAUGCUCUCUGGUGCCACGGCAGCAAUGGGUGCGAUGGCAUCGCCAACACUUCAGUCAUCCCUCACAAAACAUGUUCCUGCCGAACAAACAGGGCAACUUCUGGGUGCUAUUGGGUUGCUCCACGCCCUUGCGCGGGUCGUUGCACCGACAAUAUUCAAUAUGAUAUACAGUUUGACAGUACGCACCGUCCCACAAACUGUUUUUAUUUGCUUGUCCGGGUUGAUAUUCGUUGCGUUUAUAUCGUCUUGGUUCCUAAAGCCGCACGUAUUCUUGCAAGAUGCACCAAGCAGCACAGUUGAGCCAGAAGACUUAGAAGACGUCACCAAUGUUAUUUGA